AUGAAAUAUCUCUCACUUUUGAUAUUUGAAUAUCUGAAGACCAAGUUUCAGCAUGUAGCCACUAAAUAAGUGAAAUAUAAGUAUCAUGUAACUAAGUCUUUGUAUCACAGCUAGAAAUGGAAUAGGGAGAGUGCAUGAAUAUCUUGAACAAUAAAGGAAAUAAGGUUACGACCACUUACUUUAGUUUUUCACUAUUAAACCUCUUUUUCAAAUAAUUUCAGCGUAUUGGAGUAGUAAUUUAUUUUAUCUUGAUGAUUCUUCAUUUUUCUGUUUUUGGAACUACUGAUGAAGAACUUAUUGUUUAUGUAGUUCCUUUAACAAUGCAUUUAGUACUAUAAAUAUCUAAAUCUCUUUACUUUGAUCAUAUAAAGAGAAAGGAGGAUUAAGUUGUCAAUGACAGAAAAGUAACACGUUUUCGCAGACUUAGAAGAGACAAACCAAAAUAAUUAAUGACUCAGUAAUAACAACAACAAUAAUCAUCCUUCAAAAAACCUAAAACAUCUCUUUAUGAGAAUUGUUCUUGGUAUUAGAUUGAAUUAGGGGAUAUCAUUUAUUUAAAAAGAAAUGAAAUAUGUCCAGCUGAUAUGUUACUAUUAGAUGUGUCUGAUGAAAUACUUCAAGUCUAAACUCAAAAUUUUCGAGGUCAAACUAUGGAUUAAACUAGACAGCCAACUUAAUUAACUAUGCUAAAAAACGGACGAAAUAGAUUAUAAGGAUUUGAUUAUAAAAAAUUGUUGACUGGUAGUAUCCAAUAUAAUAUAUAAGAUGAUCAAAUAUUUGGAUUCAUUAAAUUAAAAAAAGAUCCGAAAGGAGAAUAAUUUGAAAACAGAAACAUCUUAUUUAGAGAAGAAUAAUUAAAAACAUGUUAAUAUGUGAUAGGAGUAGUGUUAUAGACUGGGAAUAAUUGUUUUUGUUAUUUAAAUAUGGAGAAAUAAGAAAAGAAAUCAUUUUUUGUGUAGAAAUCUAGUAUGUUUUUUGCUUUAACCCUUGGUUUAUCUUUGAUAAUUUCUAUAUUUAGUUGGUUUUUAGCAUCUUUUGCAGCAUGUUUACCUUACAAUUAAGCUGACUUUGAUGGUAUAACACUUGCUUUUUAUUUGCUUUAAUAUUUAAAGACAACUCCAAUAUUUUUUUAUAAUUGUAUUGAUUUGAUAGAAGUGAUUAAUGCUCACAUCAAAUUUACAAAAUACAAGGGAUAAGAAAUGGUAAACAUAGAUUAUUUACAAUUGAAUCCAGUAUCUGUUGGAGACAUGGUAAUGACUGAAUAUGUUUGUUUUGAUAAAACAGGGACAAUAACUACUGGAGAAUGCAGAAUACAUACUAUAAUUGUGGAAGAUACAAUGUAUAAGUUUAGCUAUAACAAAAUGAACAAAAAUUAAUGGAAUAUUUAUAAAGAUAAUAUUCUAAAUUAAGUUAAAUAAGACCCAAAUUUUUAGAUGGAGGAAAUAGAAGAAUCGGAUUUGGAUGUGCAAUCCAAAAAAAUAAGACAUACAGGAAUUUUUAAACUAACAAUUUAACAUAGAACUUCUAAAAAGAUACCUAGUUAUGAAUCCUGUAGAUAAGAUCUAGCAUCAAGUAAGAGUAUUGCGAAUCCUAUGGAUGAUGGAGAUGGUGAAAUUGAGAAUAUGAGAUUAGAAGAUUUUGAUGACACUCAUUAUAGAAUAACUCCAUAACUUUGUACUAACAAGCCAAAACCAUUUUUUAAUAAAAAAGCAUUUGCUACUGCACCAGUUUAAAUCAAUGCUAGUUAAGGAGGCGUACAUUAAUUUUAAGAGGAUGAAAUGCUUAUAAAACAGUCAUCAUAUAAGGAAGAGUAAAGAUCUUUUGAUAAUAAAUCAAUAAUGAGUAGAAAGAUUAUAGAAAAUUCACCAAGAGAUACAAAGAGACAACAAAGUAUUAAAAAAUCUAUGUAAAUGGAUAAAGUUCCUGAAGAAGAUUUGGAAAUUAUAUUUUCAAGAGAAAAUGAUUUCUAUAAGCAUUUAGUUAGUGGAUUAAACAAGUUAAUAUAUUAAGAAGCUAUUUUAUCUCUUCUUCUAUGUUAAGAGAUAGUUUCUAGAUACUCUCCAAGUGAGGAUCACUUCAUGCAUGAUUCAACAUAAUUUACGUUUGAUCAAGAGCUUUUGAGAUUUGUAAGUUUAUUAGACAUUAAAUUUUUGUGUUGUAAUGAGUUCAAUGGCAAAAUAGUAUACAUUAUAGAUUUCUUUGGGGAAGUCCUUGAAUUUCAAGUUAUGGCCAAUUAUCAUAAUGGAACAUAAUAAGGAGUAUUAAUACUCUAUCCUGAUAAAUUGUAAGAGAAAUUUCUUUUGAUUAAUGAAAGUGAUCCAAUGGAAAGUUUAUAGUAUAUUUUCAUAAUGAGGGAAGAAACCAAUUCUUUGCCUAUGUAUAUUGAUGUUGACAAAGGAAGCAGAGAAUAUUGGGAUAAAGUAUUCUCCAAAUUACAUAUGUGUGGUAUGAGAUCCGUUAUCUAUUCAAAAAUCUACCUAAAAGAAAAUGAUGCAAGCCUUUUUAUGUCUAGAUAUUAAGGUGAAGAAGGCAUGAAGGCAUUCAAUGAAAUCUCUAAAGAUAUGUAGAUCGUUCAAGUUGUUGGAGUCAAAGAAUAGAUGAGAAAAGACACUAAACCUUUAAUUCACCAAAUGAAAUAAGCUGAUCUGAGCUUAUAUCUCUUGAGCGGAGAUGAAAUCAGCAGAGUCUUACCUAUUGCAUUUAAAUCAAAAAUUGUUAAUUAAAAUGACAUUCUUCUGUAUUUAGAUAAUGAAAAUGCCAGAGUUGUUAUGAAAAAUCACCUUACUAUUAUUUCUUAAUAUUUAAAAUUAGAUGAAUAAACUACAUCCAAACCUAUGAGAAUGAGUACUCUUGACAAAUAUCAUAGGACAUUCACUUAAGAUGAAAAAUAAAUAGCUUAUCCUGAUAUCAAAUCAUUUAGCAUUAUUUUGAGUGGAGAUUAUUUUAAUGACAUUCUCUCAGACAGUUAUUUAUUAUCCCACUUUAUGUUCCUGCUAUAUUUUUGUAAUUCUUUGGUUGCUUAUAAGUUUGAUUCUAAAUAGAAGGCCAAAAUCAUAAAUAUUAUCUAGACAUAAUUUAUCGGCAAUAAACGUGUUUUAGCAAUUGGUGACUCUUAUAAUGAUAUUCAUAUGUUUUGUUAAUCAAAUAUUGGAGUUCAAUAUUGCCACUAUCCUAUUUAAAAUUAAUCUUAUUAAAGAGGCAAUACUAAAUUAAAAUUAAAUAGAAAAGUCACUUCUAAUAAAUUACUAGAUAACCCCUUAAAUCGAAGAUUCAUAUAAAAUGAUAUGUGGAUAAUACCCACAGCGGAUGUGUGUUUAAAGGAUUACUUAAAUUUAAGUGCCUUAAUGUUUUUUGAGAGCAGAAUUUUUGCUGAAGUCUAUGAUGAUUUAUUAGUUUUCUCUUUUUAUAGAUCAUUACUUAUAAUUUAUAUAUUAUUUCUCUAUUAUGCAACCUAUUGUAGUUAAAAUAAUACUAUUUUUACAGGUACAUGGCUAACUGUUUAUUAGAGUAUUUUGUUAUUUAUUCAAUAAUUAGUAAGUUUAAAAUCUAAAAUGCAAAGAUAAUAUGAUAAAGAUUCUAUCACUUAUAUCGAUCAAUUUAAGAAUAAUAUAAAAAUAUUCAAAAAGAAGAAAGUUUUAUCUUUUAUUUUGAAAAUUAAUGGGAAUGCAUUGUUAGAUGCCGCAUUGCUCUACAUUUCCUUAAGAAUAUUGGAUGAUAUUUCUAUUGACACGUUUAAAUAAAUGCUAUUACUUCUUUUAAUUCUAAGUGAUAUUGUUAAAUUGAUUGUCUCAACUAAUUACAGCAAAUACGCUUGGAUUGCUUUUAUUAGCACGUAUUUUUUAUGUUGGCUAAUUAUGGCAAUUUUGACUGCAUACUUUGAUAAUAUGGAUGGUUUUAUAGAAUUUUUGAUUUUGCCAUAAACUUGGAUAUCACUUUUUUCUUAUGGAUUUGCACAAUAUUGUUUUAGUAGUAUAAUUGAAAUGAUUUAACCUCUUUUUUGUUAAUCAUUGAUUGACAAAUAACAAUAUGAAGAAGUUUAAAAUUAUAUCACUAAACCUCCAAAAAAUAGUGCCAAAAAAUAUCAUAAUUUGAUAAAGAGAUUUGCACAAUUAGCAGGAAAGGUAUUUAAGAAAAACAAGGAUGAAAUGGAUAUUGCUAUAUAAGAUGUAAUCUGUGAAUUAAAAGUUAAUUCUGAUAAAAUCAAUCGGUUUACACUAAGAUUUCUAAACAAGGAUACCGAAAUGAAAUUUAAAAGGAUGUCAAAAUUGAGAUGGAUAAAAUUUGAAAAACUCAAAUUAGGUUUAUCAUUGAUUUUUUUGGAAGUCUUUGCUUUAAUCAUUUACAUAUUGACCUAUUAAACUGAUGUUCAAACAAAAACCUACUUCAUAAUUUAUAUCCUAAGCAUCAGUGGUUAGUCCAUGUUGAUAAUAUUGAUUUUUUCAAGCAUCUAUUAGAAAAAUUUCUUUUAAAUAAAUUUAGUCAUAGCUAGUAUUAGACUAUUGACUAAAAUGAUAUCUGAUUUUGGAUAGGAUGGGACUUAUGAUAUAUUACUAAGUUAGUCAUACAUAGUAAUAAUAAUAUUUUCUAAAUUGCAUAUUCCAUUACUUAACUUUGUAAUUGCAACUUUAUCAAUAAUAGGUUUUUUCAGAAAAUUUAGUGUUGGCGAAGAUUACUAUUAAAUUAUUAAUGGUAAUUUAAUAGUUUUGAUAACUUUAAUUCUAUUUAUAUCUUUAUAAUAUAAAUUGAAUAUGCUAGAGAAGUAAGAUUUUAUGAUAACGGCCACACUCAAUUAAGAGAUGACAUAAAUGACAAAUGUUCUAUCGAUACUUUUACCGAAAUUUAUAAGAGAUAGAAUAAAUGCAAGUAAGAUAAAAAUUAAAUAUUUUAAGAGGGGAUGUAUGAAAUACAAGAAAAUUAAGGGGAAGUGUCAAUAUUAUUCUGUGAUAUAUGUGGAUUCGAUGAUUUGAUUGCAAUAGAAAAGGAGAACAUAGUUAAUUUAUUAGAUGAUCUAUUUAGAGGAUUUGAUGCAUUAUGUGUUUCAAAUGGAAUGCAAAAGAUCGAGACUGUUGGAAAGACUUAUAUGGCAGCAGGAGGAUUAAAAGCUGUUGAUUAAGGGACCAAAUUCAUUAAUUAAAGUGCAAUGAAAAGAGUAAUUUAAUAUGAUAUAUUUAAGGCAGUUUAAUUAUCUCUUGAAAUGAUGGAAUAUUCCAAGAAGUUUAAAUUUGGAUAAACUGGCAACAUUAGAAUUAAAAUAGGAGUUCAUUAUGGCCGUGUAAUAGCAGGAGUUAUAGGACACCAUAAACCUUAGUUUUCAUUGAUUGGGGAUACUGUUAAUACAACUAGCAGAGUGUGUUCAACAGGGUAAGAUGGAGAAAUUACUAUUUCUAAUGAAGCUUAUAUGGAAUUAAAUAUGCCAGACUUACAAUUUAAUCAGAGAAAGGUUAAUGCUAAGGGUAAAGGAGAACUUAUUACAUGGUAGAUCAUCACUUAAAUCAAGAGAAACACAGACAAAAAAGAAAGGAAAAAGAAGGGACUGAUUCCUAAAUUUGAUUAAAGCUAAUAAGAAUAAUAAUAAACCAUGAAUAGAUUAGAUACUGUAACUCCAAAAUCUGAAAAUCGUUAAUUAAAAGUACCACACUAAAAGUCAUUUGAUGUUUUAUCGCGUGAUUCCUAUUCAAGAAUUGAUUAAUAAUAGUCCUAAGAAUAUAAUAAUUCUCUAAGUUAAAAUUAAUUAAAAGAUUCUUAAUAAAAAGAUUUGGUUCCUUUAAGGAAAAAAGGUUAAAGAGGACCCACUCUAAUCAUGAAACAGUAAGAAAAUAAGUCUUCCUUAGCUUUGUAAUUAUAGCACUCAGGCAGCUAAAAUGCUAUAUAAUAAACAAGUAAUAGGAAUCUUCCUCCUAUCAUCAUAUAUUAACCUGAAGAAAGUUUGCAUUCGAAUAAUAAUUUUAGAGAAGAGUCAUUUCAUGAAAAAAAUCAAACAAACUUACUCCAUGAUUUAUCAUAAAAGUUAAGAAGAGAUUUAUAUAUAGAAAUGAUUGACGAAACACCUGAUUAUGAAAUUGAGAUUGAAAAGAUUUAAUUUGACGAAGAUGAAUAAAUUAUUAGCGAAACGCUUUAGUUAGAAAAAUCAAAAUUUUAUCUUGAUUUCAAAGAUAACCAAAAAGAUUUGGCCAAAGAAUUCAUGGAGUAAAAGGAAGGUAUAAACAUAGUUUUAAUAUUACUAUUGCACUUUGUUUAAUAUAUUUCCAAGACUGUCACUCUGCUUUAUAUGUAGAGUGAAAAAAAUUGGCUUAUAGUUUUUGUAUUAAGAUUUAUAGUCUCUAUGAUCUUGUUAAUCUUAACAUUACUUUAGAAUAAGAAAUUAAAACAUCGAUUUUACAAAUAUGAGUAUUUCCUUACAACUUAUAUUGCACUUUUAAUCAGUAUUAUUUUUGAAUUGAUUAUAUUAACAAAGAAAUCUGUAGAAUUAUAAGCAGCUGAAGGAAUUUUAUUAAUUUGUUUCUUUUCAUCAAUCCCAAAUAUUUAGAUAAAAUUCAAAAUUUGCUUUAAUUUUUGCUUUUUUUUAGCUUAAUUAUUGAUAGUUUUAAUUAAAUACAAAGAUUUAUCGGUAGCUUAUUACACAGUUUUCUAAAGUUGUAUGACUUUCAUAAUUUAAUACCACCUCUUUUUUUAAGACCUUGGUACUUUCAACAAUAAGAGAUCUCUGGAAACUAAAAAGAUGCAAACUCAAAAUUUAGUUAAGUAUUUGUUACCAUCUCACAUAUUAAAAUAGUUUUUAUCAAAUACAAAUUAGAGAAUGGUUUUAGUUGAUUAAUUUGAAGAUGCAACAUUAUUAUUUGCAGAUAUAGCUGGAUUUACUGAAUAUUCUAGUAAAGUAGAGCCUGAAUAAGUUGUAAAUAUGCUUAGAAAUUUAUUCACUGAAUUUGAUAAAAAAUGUUUAACUUAAAAUGCAUAUAAAUUGUAUACAAUAGGAGAUUGUUAUGUUGCUUUUAGUAUAGUUGAUGUAACCUAAAGAAAUCCAGCUUAAGAAGCUAAGAAUGUAGUAGAAUUAGGUUUUCAAAUGAUAGAAACAAUAAGAUAAGUGAGAACGAUCAUUGGUUUUGAUGGAUUAGAUAUGAGGAUUGGAAUUCAUACUGUAAGAUUAUAUUUGAUUUGUAUAGGGUUGUGUUAUUGGAGGAAUUUUGGGUACUGAAAUAGUUAGAUAUGAUGUUUAUGGAGCAGAUGUCAUGAUUUCAAAUAAAAUGGAAUCAAAUGGAGAACGUGGUAAAGUCUAAGUAUCUGAAGAAACCAAACAAUUACUUGAAUAAAGCUUUCCUGAUGAAUUUCUAUUUACUUUUAAUAAAGAGGUUGAAUUUAAAUCAAUAAAUCGAAAAACUAAAGGCUUCUUCAUAUAGCCAAUCAGGAAUGACAGUAAUGAUGAAUUUGAAAAACUUAUAAUUAGUUAAAGAAAUUGA